GGCGGCGGUAGUGCGCAUCUUCUGUUUCUUGCCAACCACCAAAAACAAAGAAGAAGAAACAUGGCAGACGAUCACACAGACGCAGACCAGUCCAUGGAGACACACACACCUGUCUCUGAAAACCCCCACGCAGAGUUCGGCCUGACGGAGAACCUCCAGAGGACGGUGGAGAACGAGAAGGCGAGCGCAGAGAAGCUCUCUAAGCAGAAGGUGGACCUGCAGGCGCUCCCGACCCGAGCCUACCUGGACCAGACCGUGGUUCCCAUCCUGCUGCAGGGCCUGUCGGUGCUGGCCAAGGAGAGGCCUCCAAAUCCCAUCGAGUAUCUGGCGGCGUUCCUGCUGAAGAACAAAUCCCAGUUCGAGGAGAGGAACUGAAGUUCCACGGCUGUUUGUUGAUGAUUUAUCAUUUUGUUUUACAACCCAGAAUAAACAUGUUGAUGUGAAAAAA